AUGGACUUCUGCCCGGCGUGCGGGAUGCUGCUGCAGAUCCAGCCGGCCACCGGCGGCCACCGCCUGCGCCUCUUCUGCCCCACCUGCCCGUACGUCUGCCCCAUCAAAAACAAGAUUGUGAAGAAGGCGAGGCUGGCUAAGAGGGAGGUGGAGUCCGCGGCAUCUGCCCCCAAGACUGACGGUGAGGCCAAGCAGUCCGCCCCCAAGACUGAGGCUGAGCCCAAGCAAUCCGCCCCCAAGACCGAGGGUACAUGAUCAGAUUGCCACAAUGGAGAAACAUACUUUUGACAGAUGUAGGUACUAUUAGGACCGUAUCUACAAGUGUUCUGAAACUUCAAAGUAUUAGACAUGCGGACAUGUAAAGCUUCUGCUAGUCAACUUAUGAUGUGACAUAUAACUUGUCAAAGGCCAUCAAUCUUCUGGAAAACAAAGUCAUACAUCUUGUUGUGCUGCUGUGGAGAAUUUCCCUUCAAUGUUAGUUUGGUCAUUAUACACGU